AUGAAUUUGUCUAAAUCUUCUGAUCAAUCAAAUACAGGGAAUCAUUAUAACUUUCAUAAUAAUCCUAAUGAUAUAAUGCAACAAUUAUUAACAGAACCAUAUUCAAUGUUAUUGAAUGGUGAUUUUACACAGAUGUUUAGUAAUGCUUCUAAUAAUUCUAUUAUAAUGUCAACACCAAGUAGUAGGAAUUCUUCAAAAACAUUAAAAUGUCCAAAAUGUAAUUGGCAUUACAAGUAUCAGGAAACAUUAGAAAUACAUAUGAAAGAGAAACAUUCUGAAAUUGAUGUAGAUUGUCUUUAUUGUACUCUUAAUUCACCACAUCCAAAAUUAGCUAGAGGAGAAAGUUAUAGUUGUGGUUAUAAACCAUAUCGUUGUGAGAUAUGUAAAUAUUCAACAACAACAAAAGGUAAUUUAUCAAUACAUAUGCAAUCUGAUAAACAUCUUCAUGCUGUUCAAGAAAUUCCUAUAAAUAAUUUAAAUAUGAAUAAUAAUAAUUCUGGAAAUCAUAAUUCAUUAAAUUCACUAUUAUGUUCAACAACACCAAAUAUUGAUAAUGAUCCUUUAUCUGUAACGGAAAAUAAUUUUCAAUGCUUAAUUUGUGGUAAUUUUUCAUCUACCUCUAUAACGAAAAUGCUUCGCCAUAUAGAGGAGGAUCGUUCCGGUACAACUGUAGGUGAUAUAAAUGUAAUUGGUGGACUAUAUCAAUGUAAUUUAUGCCCUUACUCAACUAAUCUCAAGGCUAAUUUUCAAUUACAUACAAGAACUGAUAAACAUCUUCAAAGAGUGCAAAUAGUAAAUCAUAUGCGUGAAAGCAACCAGCAAUUUGUGUUGGGGCCAUCAACAUUAUCUUCUUUAAACACCAUCAAAAGCACCGUCCAAGUAAGGUGUCGUUGUUGUCAAGAAUUAUUUUCAUCUUCUUCUGCUUUCAAGGAACAUACAGAGGGACAAAAUCAUCAAAGUAGAUUAAAUAUGUUAGUUAAUUCAAGUUCCUCAAAUACUUCAACAACAUCAUCAAGAACAAAUCUAGGUGAUCAACGUUCCUCAUCCUCCUCAUCAAAUUCUUCUGAUGGUCAGGUAAAUGGAAGAAAAUGUAAUGAAAUUUUGAAGAAAUGCAAGUAUUGUAACUUUACAACUAAUAAUGAGCAUGAACAAAUAGAGCAUAUUUCUAAUCAUUCUCAUAUUUUUGAUCUAACUAAUACUGGCACAAAAAAUAGUAUGAAGAUAACAACGGCAGAGGCGCCACCUUGUCAGUCAACUAACUUAGAAAUUAGUGAUGAUGGUAAUGAAGGAAACGGUGAAGAUUCAUUCUCAAAUGAUUUGUCCAUGAAGUUAUUACCAAAAGAUUCCCGAUUACUUUGUCCAGAGUGUAUCUUCUCAACAGAAUCUCCAGCAUCCUACCAAGCCCACAUCUCAUCUAAUCAGCAUUUGGAGGAAGACAAACAAUUAUUAGAAUAUUUUUUGAAGGGUGAAAAGUUAGAUAGGGUGGAAGUAGUUGCUCGAAGUCAAUAUAAGCAUUGUUGUUCUAACUGUCAAUUAGCUUUUAAACAAGAAUCAGAUUUAAAUAUACAUAAAAUUGAACAUUUAUUUAAUGUUCAAUAUCCAUGUAAUAAGUGUUCAGAGGUUUUUGACACUAAAGUUAUUUUGGAAGAUCACAUUUCAAAUACCCAUUUUUAUUGCGAACUUUGUGGUAUCAAUUUUGAGGAGAAACAUCAAUUGUCAACCCACCAUCAAUCUCUAUCUCAUUUGGAGAGGGCCAAAAAGAUGUUAGAAGAAAAAAGUUCUAAUUUUUCUUUGUCUGACGAGGUUAAACAAGCUUUAUCUAAAACUCCACCUUCUUGUGAAGAAGAUUCUUUACCAAAUACAAGUAACUAUAGAUGUAAUAUUUGUAAUAUAUCUUAUGCUAGUCCAUCAGCAUUAGAUGCUCAUUUAAAUUCAUUAUCUCAUCAAUUACAAUUAAAUAGACUUCCGGAAAUGGUUUCAAAUGGUGAAGUUUGUCCUGACCUUCAAUUAUAUACAACACCAGAAUCUAAUAAUGAUAACAAUUGUAAAUCCAUUGGGCAAACUCUUUUAAAUGAAAAGGCCUUCGCCUCAAUGGUUAUUGAGCAUCAACAACAACAACAAAACGCUUUUGCCAUGUUUAACAUGCUUGGAGGUUUUAAUUCAAUUGUUAAUAAUAAUGGGGGAACAGUUCCAAAAACUUCAACCCAUACAUCAGGAGAAAAUUCAUCACAGUCAAUGACAACAGGAGUAGAUUUUGUUAAAAUGUUAGAUCAAUUUGGUUUAGAAACCAUUCUUUCUCAUCUUAAUUUUACUUGUGAUUUAAAUAUCCUCCGAACAAAAAUAGCUCGAUUGUCAAAAGAAACAGUAGGUGAUAUUUGUCAGGUUAGAUGUGAUAUAUGUCAAAAUGAAUUUUCUUCAUUACUAUCUUUAAAAAUUCAUUAUCAACAGAUUCAUUCAACAGACAUUCCCACAUCUGUAAUAGAAAAUUUUACGGAAAAACUUAAAUUUAAUUUAGAAUUAUUGGAAGAUAAAGAAAAUAGUCAAGAAGGACAGGAGGUUAUUGGACAAAGUAGUACUCCUACAUCACCAUCUAAUGUAAAUUUAAAAAGAAAAGUUUCUCAAUCACCUGGUGGUGAGAUGAAUCAAAAUGAAGGUAAUGUUAAAAGAAGUAAAGAUGAUAGUUGUAAAAAAGUGUGUAGUGAUAAUUUAUCUCAAAACUCUAGCACUAGUAGUAGCCCUAAUCCAGAGCAUAAUAAAAAUGAUAGUAUUGAUGAGAGUAAUGUAAAUGUAGGAAAUGCAAAUUCAUUAAAUAUGGAUAUAAAUACACAAAUGAAUAUGAUGCAAAUGCUUGUUGGUAUGCCAUGUUUUAAUACACAAUUUUUUAACAUGAUAAAUAAUCAAGAUAUAUCAACAAAUUCUUUAUUAUCAUCAAAUCCACUUGCCCCAUCAACAUCAUCAUUAGGAAAUUCAUUAAAUUCAUUUGUUGGUUUAUCAAAUGCUGGUGCAUGUUCACCUCAAAAAAGAGCUAGAACUAGAAUUUCAGAUGAUCAAUUAAAAGUUUUAAGACAAUAUUUUGAUAUAAAUAAUAGUCCAUCAGAGGCACAAAUUAAAGAUAUGAGUAUUAAAACAUCAUUACCAGAAAAAGUAAUAAAACAUUGGUUUAGAAAUACAUUAUUUAAAGAAAGACAACGUGAUAAAGAUUCUCCAUAUAACUUUAGUGUACCACCACAAGUUAGUAUUGAUUUAGAUACUUAUGAAAAAACUGGUGAAGCAAAAAUAGUAUCAUUAAAAGAUGAUAAUAAUUUAAUUAAUACUCCUACAAAUGUUGAGGAUGACGAUGAGGAGGAAUCCUUACCAACCAAUGAGGAAAAAGCUAGUAAUAAUAAAGGAAUAGAGACUAAUCUUAAAUCUUCUGUUUCUCUAAAACCAAAAAGUAUUAAUAAUUUAUCUAGUACAAAUAAUACUACUACUACAACAACUACUUCAUUAUCUUCACCCUUAUCUGCUAACAAUUUACCAGUUAAUGUACCUUCCCAACUACCAAAUAAAAGUAAUAAUAAUAGUAAUAGUAAUAGUGGUGGUAGUAAUGGUGGUGGUAAUAAUAAUAUCUCAAAUACUGGUACACCAUUAUCUAAUAAUAUAUUGGAAGCUUAUGCCAACAAUCCAUUUGUCACAGCAGCAAUGAAUCCAUUUGCUUUAUUUUUCCAAAAUUCAUUACGUAAUCCUAAUGAUUUAUUACCAGGUUUAAAUACAUUUAAUGUACCAUCUGGAAAUAUGAAUUCACCCUCAACGGGUAAUGUUAAUAGUAGUCUGAAUUCUACUGCUUCUAUGGUAAUGACAAGUGCCUCUGGAAGGCGAGCAAAUAGAACACGAUUUACUGAUCAUCAAUUAAGAACAUUACAAAAUUUUUUUGAAAGACAAGCUUAUCCAAAAGAUGAUGAUCUAGAGAUGUUAUCUAAAAAAUUACAAUUAUCUCCUCGUGUUAUUGUUGUAUGGUUUCAGAAUGCCCGUCAAAAAGCCAGAAAAAUAUAUGAAUCUCAUCCUGGUGGUGAUAAUGCAGAAAGAUUUGUCCGAACACCAGGUUGUAAUUUUCAAUGUAAAAGAUGUGACUUAGUAUUUCAAAGGUAUUAUGAAUUAAUACAACAUCAACAAAAAGUUUGCUAUAAAGGUGAUAGGCAAGCAUUAAAAAGUGAUAAUAAAAGUGUUGAAGAAGGUUUAAGUGAGGAGGAUAGAGCUGAAAUUAGUAAUUUAGAUAAUAUUUUUAGUAUAACUAAUUCUGAAAAUAAUGAUAUUAAAAAAAUAUCAAAUAAUAAUAUUGGUGGAAUUCUACCAGAUGAAUUAUUAAAAAUUUUUACUAAAGAUAAAAAAGAUAAUGAUGGAAUGUUAAAAUUUUGCAAAAAUAAAGAGAAAGAAUCUCUUUUUAGAAAAAGAUGUCCUUCAUGUUCUACAAUAUUUACAUCUAAAGAACAAUUAUUAAACCAUAUUACUACUUCACAUGCAGACCAGCCUCAUAUGUUUUUACUAUUAAAUGUAGACUUAUUACCAGAUGUAGUAAGUGAAGAGAAUGAUGAAACGAUGACUGUCAAUAACCCUACUUCUCUAACAACUGACCCAUUAGCAUUCUUAUCAACUUUUCCACUUAAUCUAGCAUCUCUGGGUAAUGUUCAAAGUAAUAAUGAAGGUAAUAAUAGUGAAGGUGAUGAUAGUACUAUCGAAUAUUCACUAGGAAAUUCUGUAUCUCCAGCAUCGUAUAAUAGGUCUCCACGUGAUAGUUCUGUACAAAGAAAUUCACCAAAUAGUAUUGUAAAUAAUUCAAAAAGAUUUCGUACACAUUUAACACCACAACAAGUUCAUGUCAUGAAAUGCAUUUUUAAUGAAUAUAAAACACCAUCAAUGCCUGAAUGUGAAAUAAUGGGAAGUCAUAUAGGAUUACAUAAACGUGUCGUACAAGUAUGGUUUCAAAAUGCUCGUGCCAAAGAAAGAAAAAGUAGAAAUAAUGCAGAUGAUGGAAAUAUUAAUUUUCUUAACAGUAAUCUUAAUAGAUGUGAUUUAUGUAAUGUAAAUUUUAAUCAAUCAAAUACCAGUUUACAAGAUCAUAUUUUUACAAAAGAACAUAUACAGAAAAUUAAAUCUACUUGUGAUGAAAGUAGUAAUAAUGAUGGUAAUAAUUCUAGUAAUGAUUUUCCACAAUUUAAUAAUUUAUUAGAAAAUCUUCAAUCUAAACAAAGUAGUAGUGGUGUUGUUAAAAAACAAAUUGGUGGUUUAAAUUUUGAUGCUUCAACAUUUUCAAUGAAUUUUAUGAAUAGUAUUAGUGGUACACAAUUACCAAAUGUUUUUUGUGAUCCUAAUAUUUUUGGUACACCUAUUGAUAUGUUACAAGUUUCAAAAUCAGUUGUUAAACAAAUUAAAGAAAGUAUUAGUAAUGGUUUGUCUUCAACAACAUUUACCCAAGAUGGUUUACCAUUCUCCUCUCUUGAAUCAGUAAUAUCUUCUCAAGAUUUUAAAGUUUGCAAAUCACUUGAUAUUGAAGUUGGUUGGGCAUGCCCAAAAUGUACAAAUGUUUUUCAAUCUGAAGCAUACCUUAAAAAUCAUCAAUCAAUAUUAUGCCAAGGGUGUACAGAUGUAUUUAAAUUAAUUCAAACCCAUAUUGAGUGUAUUCCCUGUGACUUAAAAUUUGGUCCACAAGCUGAAUAUAAAAUUCAUUGUGAUAGUAGUAGUCAUAUAGGGAAUAGAAGUAAAUACUAA